CCUGCCUCCCUAACCCUUCCCAGUGGGACCCCAGCAGGGCGUCGUGGUCUGUGCGGUGUCUCCCAAACCACUACCUGGCUGCCCCCGUACCAGCUGCUGGGAAAGACCACUUCCUCCGAGUUGUGCCGGCCUCCGCGUUCUCCUCACCUCCCCUCUCCUCCGGACCUCCGCCCCCUCGCGGAGAGGCCUUGCCGCUUUAAGAGCCGGGCUAGCGAUUGACAAGCAAUAAACGCUGAGCGCCCGGCUGCGCUGGAGCCGCCCGGAGCUAGGGGCUUCCCGGGGCGCAGGAGAGACGUUUCAGAGCCCUUGCCUCCUUCACCAUGCCGGUUGCCGCCACCAACUCUGAGACUGCCAUGCAGCAAGUCCUGGACAAUUUGGGAUCCCUCCCCAAUGCCACGGGGGCUGCAGACCUGGACCUGAUCUUCCUUCGAGGCAUUAUGGAAAGUCCCAUAGUAAGAUCCCUGGCCAAGGUGAUAAUGGUAUUGUGGUUUAUGCAGCAGAAUGUCUUUGUUCCUAUGAAAUACAUGCUGAAAUACUUUGGGGCCCAUGAGAGGUUGGAGGAGACGAAGCUGGAGGCCGUGAGAGACAACAACCUGGAGCUGGUGCAGGAGAUCCUGCGGGACCUGGCGCAGCUGGCUGAGCAGAGCAGCACAGCCGCCGAGCUGGCCCACAUCCUCCAGGAGCCCCACUUCCAGUCCCUCCUGGAGACGCACGACUCUGUGGCCUCAAAGACCUAUGAGACACCACCCCCCAGCCCUGGCCUGGACCCUACAUUCAGCAACCAGCCUGUACCUCCCGACGCUGUGCGCAUGGUGGGCAUCCGCAAGACAGCCGGAGAACAUCUGGGUGUAACGUUCCGCGUGGAGGGCGGCGAGCUGGUGAUCGCGCGCAUUCUGCAUGGGGGCAUGGUGGCUCAGCAAGGCCUGCUGCAUGUGGGUGACAUCAUCAAGGAGGUGAACGGGCAGCCAGUGGGCAGUGACCCCCGCGCACUGCAGGAGCUCCUGCGCAAUGCCAGUGGCAGUGUCAUCCUCAAGAUCCUGCCCAGCUACCAGGAGCCCCAUCUGCCCCGCCAGGUAUUUGUGAAAUGUCACUUUGACUAUGACCCGGCCCGAGACAGCCUCAUCCCCUGCAAGGAAGCAGGCCUGCGCUUCAACGCCGGGGACUUGCUCCAGAUCGUAAACCAGGAUGAUGCCAACUGGUGGCAGGCAUGCCAUGUCGAAGGGGGCAGUGCUGGGCUCAUUCCCAGCCAGCUGCUGGAGGAGAAGCGGAAAGCAUUUGUCAAGAGGGACCUGGAGCUGACACCAAACUCAGGGACCCUAUGCGGCAGCCUUUCAGGAAAGAAAAAGAAGCGAAUGAUGUAUUUGACCACCAAGAAUGCAGAGUUUGACCGUCAUGAGCUGCUCAUUUAUGAGGAGGUGGCCCGCAUGCCCCCGUUCCGCCGGAAAACCCUGGUACUGAUUGGGGCUCAGGGCGUGGGACGGCGCAGCCUGAAGAACAAGCUCAUCAUGUGGGAUCCAGAUCGCUAUGGCACCACGGUGCCCUACACCUCCCGGCGGCCGAAAGACUCAGAGCGGGAAGGUCAGGGUUACAGCUUUGUGUCCCGUGGGGAGAUGGAGGCUGACAUCCGUGCUGGGCGCUACCUGGAGCAUGGCGAAUACGAGGGCAACCUGUAUGGCACACGUAUUGACUCCAUCCGGGGCGUGGUCGCUGCUGGGAAGGUGUGCGUGCUGGAUGUCAACCCCCAGGCGGUGAAGGUGCUACGAACGGCCGAGUUUGUCCCUUACGUGGUGUUCAUCGAGGCCCCAGACUUCGAGACCCUGCAGGCCAUGAACAGGGCUGCGCUGGAGAGUGGAGUAUCCACCAAGCAGCUCACGGAGGCGGACCUGAGACGGACAGUGGAGGAGAGCAGCCGCAUCCAGCGGGGCUACGGGCACUACUUUGACCUCUGCCUGGUCAAUAGCAACCUGGAGAGGACCUUCCGCGAGCUCCAGACAGCCAUGGAGAAGCUACGGACAGAGCCCCAGUGGGUGCCUGUCAGCUGGGUGUACUGAGCCUGUUCACCUGGUCCUUGGCUCACUCUGUGUUGAAACCCAGAACCUGAAUCCAUCCCCCUCCUGACCUGUGACCCCCUGCCACAAUCCUUAGCCCCCGUAUCUGGCUGUCCUUGGGUAACAGCUCCCAGCAGGCCCUAAGUCUGGCUUCAGCACAGAGGCGUGCACUGCCAGGGAGGUGGGCAUUCAUGGGGUACCUUGUGCCCAGGUGCUGCCCACUCCCGAUGCCCAUUGGUCACCAGAUAUCUCUGAGGGCCAAGCUAUGCCCAGGAAUGUGUCAGAGUCACCUCCAUAAUGGUCAGUACAGAGAAGAUAAAAGCUGCUUUGGGACCACAUGGUCAGUAGGCACACUGCCCCCUGCCACCCCUCCCCAGUCACCAGUUCUCUGGACUGGCCACACCCACCCCAUUCCUGGACUCCUCCCACCUCUCACCCUUGUGUUGGAGGAACAGGCCUUGGGCUGUUUCCGUGUGACCAGGGGAAUGUGUGGCCCGCUGGCAGCCAGGCAGGCCCGGGUGGUGGUGCCAGGCUGGUGCCAUCUUGAAGGCUGGGGGAGUCAGAGUGAGAGCCAGUGGCCACAGCUGCAGAGCACUGCAGCUCCCAGCUCCUUUGGAAAGGGACAGGGUCGCAGGGCAGAUGCUGCUCGGUCCUUCCCUCAUCCACAGCUUCUCACUGCCGAAGUUUCUCCAGAUUUCUCCAAUGUGUCCUGACAGGUCAGCCCUGCUCCCCACAGGGCCAGGCUGGCAGGGGCCAGUGGGCUCAGCCCAGAUAGGGGCAGGAUGGAGGGCUGAGCCCUGUGACAACCUGCUGCUACCAACUGAAGAGCCCCAAGCUCUCCAUGGCCCACAGCAGGCACAGGUCUGAGCUCUAUGUCCUUGACCUUGGUCCAUUUGGUUUUCUGUCUAGCCAGGUCCAGGUAGCCCACUUGCAUCAGGGCUGCCAGGUUGGAGGGGCUAAGGAGGAGUGCAGAGGGGACCUUGGGAGCCUGGGCUUGAAGGACAGUUGCCCUCCAGGAGGUUCCUCACACACAACUCCAGAGGCGCCAUUUACACUGUAGUCUGUAUAGCCUGUGGUUCCACGUGCAUGCUCGGCACCUGUCUGUGCCUCUGGCACCAGGGUGUGUGUAUGUGUGUGUGUGUGUGUGUGUGUCAGGUUUAGUUUGGGGAGGAAGCAAAGGGUUGUUUUGUUUUGGAGGUCACUCUUUGGGGCCCCUUUCUGGGGGUUCCCCAUCAGCCCUCAUUUCUUAUAAUACCCUGAUCCCAGACUCCAAAGCCCUGGUCCUUUCCUGAUGUCUCCUCCCUUGUCUUAUUGUCCCCCUACCCUAAAUGCCCCCCUGCCAUAACUUGGGGAGGGCAGUUUUGUAAAAUAGGAGCCUCCCUUUAAGAAAGAAUGCUGUUCUAGAUGUACUUGGGCAUCUCAUCCUUCAUUAUUCUCUGCAUUCCUUCCGGGGUGAGCCUGUCCUCAGAGGGGACAACCUGUGACACCCUGAGUCCAAACCCCUGUGCCUCCCAGUUCUUCCAAGUGUCUAACUAGUCUUCGCUGCAGCGUCAGCCAAAGCUGGCCCCUGAACCACUGUGUGCUCAUUUCCUAGGGAAGGGGAAGGAGAAUAAACAGAAUAUUUAUUACAAAUGUUAGAAUAUAUUUCUUAUACUAGGAAUCUCAUUUGCAUUUGCAUAGACUAUACACAUGGGGUGGAAAGGCCAGGCCUGCCCCCAUCUCGUUGGUGUGGCUCUGCGUAUACUACACACUCAUUCUCCUGCUCCUCUUUUCCCUUAGUCAGUGUCGUUUCAUCCUGAUUCAGCUCUGCCUUGCAUCACCCUCAGCCUAAGGGAGUGGGAAGGAAAUGGGGUGUUUUCUUGCUGACCUGAGGCUAUAGGGUCACUUGCCAUUUCCUACCUUCUCUGGGGGAUUUGAGGGUAGAGGCAGGGGAAGAUCUGUUGUUGCAGCUGCCUCUGCCCCCUUGAUCCAAAUGACCAUCAUCUCUGAUGGAGAUGGGUUGGGUGCCUGGUCUUCAUGGCACCUUCACUGCUAGGGAUGCCCAAGGGGCAGGCCUGGGGCCCUUCCCUCCUGUCUCUUCUUGGUCUUUCCUCUCUGAGCAGCUUCCUACCUCCCCUGCCUGAGCCCCACUCCACAGCCCUCCCAGGUACCUAUCAGGUGGGAGCAGAGGCUGUCAGUCCUUGGCUCACCUGGAACAGGGCUGGGGCUGGGUUGGAACAGGUGUGUGUGCCCACCACAUUAGCUCUAUGACUCUGUUCUCCCUCCCUGCCAUUGUGGACUCUUGUAUUUGAGGGACCUCAAGAGAGUGAGGACCCUACCAUCCACUGUCCAUAUUCAGUCCCAGCCCCAGUGCGCUUCAUCUGUCCCCUCCCUCAGCCAUCCAAUUCUUGAGUUUUCCCACUGAUUGGUUUUCUUUCUUUUUCCUUGGAUUAAAUGUGAAAGCAAAGA